AUGGAAGAAUAAUAACAAUAAAAUUAUAGUGAUUUAGUAAAUCAAGAAAUAAAAUAAAAUAAACCUAUAAAAUGGGAAGUGGAUAAUAUGCCAUAAACAAAGGUUGGUCAAAUGAAAAAGGAAACAAUCUAUAUAUUUUGGUUUGAAUUCAUAGGAACAUUCAUGUUAACUUUCUGCAUCUAUGCCAGCAAGUAUCCAAAUUAUAUUAAAGAUAAGUAAUAAUCCAUUUGUUUUUGCUUGUGCUUAUGGAAUGUUAAUAUUAGUAGCUUAAAAUUAAAAAUGUACAUUCAAUCCUGCAAUAACAACAGUAUUAUCAGGAAAUGAUAAAGGAUUGUGGGUAUCAGUAGCUAUUGGUAGUUAAUUUGGAGGUGCAUUUUUAGCAAGUUUGUUUGGUUUUUUGUGUUUUAAGAAUUAGUAAAUUAUUUAUAGACUACAAAAAAUAGUGUGAAUGAUGUUCCAUAUAUAUCUUAAACAAAUAUUGAAGCAUACUUUGCAGUAAUAAUUGGAGAAAUUUUGGGUUCUCUUAUUCUAUGUGCAGGAUUCAUAUUUUAAUAUGAUGAAUUAAUGGAUUUUUCAUCAGACAGAUUAGAACAUAGUAUAAUAAUCAGUGCUUUAUACAGUGUAGGAAGAACACUUAGUUAUGUAGCUAAGAGCAGUCUAAAUCCAGCAAUUGCAUUUGGGUAGAUGAUAUAUAAAAUAAAUAUUUUAGUUUAGUAUUCUUUGAAUGUUGUAAAGAUGGACAUUGGGGUAGAUUUUGGAAUUUAUGGAUUUAUUCUAUUUUACCAUUCGUUGGAGCAUUCUUUUCUUUUGCAAUUAUUAAAGUGAUUUAUAGAGAUUGUUAUGAAAAAUAAAUAUAAGCAGGUUUAAGAGAAUGA